AUGGCAGACUCUCCAUCAUCAUCACCGUGGUCCAUAACCAAAACAAUCCAGCAAUCCCCUCCAGUCGAUCUCACCAAAUCCUACAGCCCCCUGACACUCCAUGGCAAAACUAUCCUCAUCACUGGCGGGGCCAACGGUCUCGGAUCUCACAUGGUCCGCCGUUGGGCCUCUCACGGCGCACACGUUAUCAUCGCAGAUAUUGACUCUGCAUCCGGCGAAUCUCUCGUUGCCGAACUACGUGCUCAAUACCGUUCAAGCACAUUCGCCUACAUCACCUGCGACGUAACCAACUGGGAAGACCAAACCGCUCUCUUUGAAUCUGCAGCCCGCCUCUCCCCUACGCACACAAUCGACAUUGUCGUCCCCAAUGCGGGUAUUAUCUCAGCCCCUGAGGGCUACACAUUCGAAAACCCCUCCCUCGUCAAUGGCAAGAUACCCAAGCCAUCUACCAAAACAAUCGACGUCAACAUCACAGGUGUCAUAUACACCACCCAUCUCGCGCUCUACUACUUCUCCCAAGAUCCCAAAAACACCAACUGUCUCCUGCUCAUCGGCUCAAUCGCCUCCAUAGCCCCAUUAGCCGGCCAAACGCACUACACAAUGUCCAAACACGCCGUGUGCGGACUAUUUCGUUCCCUGCGAAUGACCUCCUUUAUGCAGAAAUGCAAUUUGCGCGUAAAUAUGCUCGCACCAUAUUUCGUCGAGCAAAGCCGCAUGCUACCCGUAGUAGCUGACAUUGCUUUUCUCGCCGGCACCGCAGGGGGCGCGACCAUCCCCGACGUGGUUGAGGCGGCUACUCGCUUGGUAGCAGAUGAAUCUAUUUCAGGGCGCUCAUUAGCCGUUGGUCCUCCCUUGAAGAAUGCGCCUGAGGGUGAGAUUCCCGUUGCAGAUCACGAAGGUGAUGGACGGGGAAGGGCAGCCUGGGAGAUUUAUGCUCACGAUUACGACGAAGUUGACGCCUUUACCUUUAGAUAUGUUCACAUGAUGAACAGGGUUACGCAACUUCGUGGGAUUUUGGCAUUUAUUCUGGACAUCUUUAUCAAGAUAUUCAGAUGGUGGUGA